UCGAGUAUCAAUGGCUGGGUGAUAGACCCCAAGUGACCCACUAUCAGCCAUGGCGGACGCUCGAUCUCCCGUGCUGGAACCGGGCGCCGACCUUAAGCACCUCGAGUCCAUGCUGGACGACAAGAACCAGAAGAAGCGCAAUAAGAGCAAGAAGUUCGACGAACCUUACGAAGGCAAACUCGAAGGAUGGUCUCCUGUCGACGAGCCCAUGGAGAAGCUCACUUUAAACCCCGUAGAAGACAAGAAGAAACUCUCCAAGGCCGAGAGGAAGAAACUCGCAGCCGAGGCCUUCGCCAAGGCCGGCGGCGUCCCGAAACGUGAAAAAUUGUCCAAGGCCGAGCGUCGCGCUCAGCAAGAAGCCAAUAGGCAGAAAAAAGAGGCCAAUAACGCUCCAAACAAGCCCAAAAAAACCGAGACUGCAGCUCCGACGCCCACUAACGUGCGUCUACAGUAUGAUGACGCCAAGAAGAUAGCUCGUCGCUCCAAAGCUGCCGUCGUAGUGCGUACUCAGGCCCAGAAACAGGUGGAAAUGUUCUCCCAUUUGCCGCAAUACGAGCGCGAGAGCUCCUUGUCCCUCAACGUGGGCUUCUCCAAUAAGGAGGAGGUGCAUUCCGCUGUGCUUGCGCUCGGUCUCAAGUACGCAGAGGGAAAAAUAUCGGGCGGAAAUGCUCGCUGUAUCGCAAUGAUCACCGCAUUCCAGCAAGUGAUCGACGACUAUGUGACUCCGCAGGAUAAACAACUGCGUCGCGACCUGGACAAGCGUCUACGUCCGUUAAUUCAGUACCUUAUCGACUGCAGACCGCACGGUAUCGGCAUGGGCAACGCCAUCCGCCGACUGCGUCGCGUUAUCGGCUCGACUCCCCCGGAACUCAGCGAGGAAGAAGCCAAGCGUCGUAUCCGCGAGGAGAUGGACGACUACGUGCAGAGCCGCAUCUUGCUGGCCUCGCGUGCUGUGGUCAAGAACGCGCAGUCCAAGAUCAGCGAAGGAGACGUCAUCCUGACGUACGCGCGAGCCAAUGUGGUGGAGGAAUUGCUACUGGAAACAGCCAAGACGUCGCCCGAGAUCGCUGCCAGUCUGCGGAUUAUCGUCGUGGACUCCCGUCCGCACUAUGAAGGUCGCAAGAUGGUCAGUGCACUCGCUAGUGCGGGUUUGCAGUGCACCUACCUGCAGAUCAACGCGCUGUCGUACAUUAUGCGAGAAGUUACCAAGGUGUUCCUGGGAGCUGCAGCCUUUAUGAGCAACGGUGUGGCUGUGGCUCGUGUGGGGACGGCCCUGGUGGCGAUGACUGCGCACGAAGCCAAUGUUCCCGUGCUGUUCUGCUGCGAGACGUACAAGUUCUCCGACCGCGUGCAGCUGGACGCCAUCACGCACAACGAACUAGGAGAUCCCGACGAGCUCGUGUCUUCGUACUGCAUCGAUAAGCCGCACUCUCGACGUCGUACUGGCGGCAGUGUCGGGAAUGCGUCCAGUGGUGCCUCGAGCGGCCACAUCUUGUCCGACUGGCGUGACUUGGCUGAUCUGAAGCUGCUGAACCUCGUGUACGACGUGACUCCGAUCGACUACGUGUCUAUGGUGGUCACGGAGCUGGGUAUGAUCCCGCCUACUUCUAUCCCUGCUGUGCUGCGUGAAUAUUCUCGUGAUGGCGUCGUGGACGGAGCGCUGUAGGUAAGUCAAAGUUGAGGACACAGUCAAUUCAGUGUCGUUUGAUUUAGAGUUUACUGUUCGCCACGUUCAAUGCUCUUCUGUUUCUUCUUGUCUUCGCGCUCCUGUUGAGCCCUACGACUCGCCGC